AUGGGCCGCAAACCACCACCCCGACAAGUCGACGGCGCCGCACAGGAUGAGAAUCCAUAUUUCGACCCCCGCGUCACUCACCGUGCCUCCGACCUGGCCCCUUCCAGGAGCGCUCCCCAGUCUCAUUAUGCUCCAGCACCCUCCACCGGCCCCAACACGCCCACGCGUGAGCUCCCUCCCCCGGUCACGAGGCCGCCGCCCUCCCACCCCCGUGGCAGUGCCGUAGGCCGACAACAGUCGUCCAUCGGCCUCAGGAGACUCCGCGCCCCAUCGCUGCCUUCUGGUACAGCUCCCGCUGCCACAGACUGGGAGCCCGCCCGUGCGCGCUCGCCCGCACCCGCAAACCAUCACCGCAAUGACCACUCGCCGGACAAUGGCGGCCGCAGACGCUCCAGCUCUGAUCCCCAGCGCCCAACCUGGCUCACCGAUCCCACCCGGAGUGGCCACCCCGCCAAAAGCCGCGUGCGUCACUUGCCUUCGGUCCCUGAACUGUCAGAGUCUGGACCGCCCGCCGGCCGUGCCGCCAGUCGAAAGGGCUCAAUGUUUUUCCGGCCGUGGAGGCAUCACCAGCACGAGAAACAGCAGCCUCAGCCAGAACAAGAAGCCGAGUAUGACACCAGGAUCGUCGACCUCCUGGACGUCCUCGACCCCGAGGUCUCCACCCUGACCUCCAUCACUAAUGUUCAGAACUCCUUGUUCAUACCCUCGCUCGGCCGAUGGGUCAACCGACGACCAACCUACGACGUCUCCAGCAUCCGUGGCCCCGCCGCCGGCAGAUCACGGGAGGACCUCCCGGAACACCAGCCUGUUGUUGCCCAGGCAGACGAGCGCUCCGAGUCUGGUCGCGCCUACAGCAUCUCAUCCAACCUCGACGACACCCACUAUGCCGUCCUCCCCCACGGCCAGUCCCUCGAGGGGUGGAGCCAGGAGGAGGUCGCCAUGCUGAACGACCAUGUCAGGCACAUGCUGCAUUCGCGGCGGUCAAAGUUCAAACGUGGCUUAAAGGGCUUUGGCAGAUAUGUCAGUCGGCCCCUGGGCUUUUUCGUCACCCUCUACGCCACACUCAUCACCUUGUUUGGGCUCGCAUGGGUUCUCUUCCUCAUCGGCUGGAUCUCCAUCGGAUCCAAGCAGAACUACCUCAUCAACAUCAUUGAUUACACCCUUGUUGCCCUCUUUGCCAUCAUGGGCGACGGCCUGGCACCCUUCCGUGCGGUAGAUACCUAUCACAUGAUCUACAUCGCACAUUACCACCGCAUGAGCUUGAAGAUACGGAAGCAGCUGCUUCUCCCGAAGCUUCGCGACCCCAAUGACCUGCCCACCGAGCCGGUCAUCCCGGACGUCGAAGCUGCCGCCGCAAACAGCGAUCUGCCCGAGGUGGAGCCUGGCGACGACUUUGCUGUUCUCUCGCCAAAGCAGCAGGAGACGCUGGUGCAUCACCAGACAAAGUACGCCAAGUCACACACGUUCUACAAACCACACGAGACAGAAACCCACUACGCAUUCCCGCUCAACUUCAUGAUCACCAUCACGUGCCUCCUCGACCUCCACAGCUGCCUCCAGAUCUCGCUCGGGGCCACCACCUACGGCAUCAAGCCAGAGUCGCGCCCGUUCGCCCUGACGACGGUCAUCCUCUGCUGUUCUAUCACGGUCAAUGCGACCGCUGGUCUGCUCAUCUGGAUCGGGGAUCGCCAGACGCGGAAGAAGGAUGUGAUCGAGCGGAUGACACGGCAGCAGAUGACUGAGGAGGCCAUGCACGAGGUACAGAAGAAGAAGAAGAAAGAGUUGGAGAAGGCCGCGAGGCCGUCCAGCGACGACAAGGGCAACGGAGACGGCGGGUGGAGGGAGAGCCUCAACCUCCCGCGGCUGAGCCUUGACCAGUUCAGGAACUCGCAGAAGAAGGGAGAAAGCUCAGCGUCUAGAGAAAAGGCUGAGAGCCCCCGCACUGAGGGUGCAGGAUCUACUACGCGUGCCUAG